CGCCAUUUGAAGAAUUAUUUGGGAGGAAAGCCAAAUUAGGACUAGCAUCUAGUACUCUUCCAGCUUCUGUCAUUGAAAGCUUGAAUACAGAAGAGGAUGUAGAAACAAUUAUUGGUUCCAUAACAAAUGAAAUUUUUGAGGAAACGGAGGAAUCAGAGCAAAUCGAGGAGAGAGAAGUCCAAACUACUGAAGAAAUGUCAGUAAAUAAAGAAACGGAAAAAUUAAACCAAAUUGACGAGAGAGAAGUUCAAACUACUGAAGAAAUGUCAAUAAAUGAAGAAACGGAAAAAUCAGACCAAAUUGAGGAGAGAGAAGUUCAAACUGCUGAAGAAAUGUCAGUAAUUGAAGAAACAAAAAAAUCAGACCAAAUUGAGGAGAGAGAAAUCCACACUACUAAAGAAAUAGCACUAAAUGUAGAAGAAAUGUCAAUACUAAAUAAAAUACAUUUGAACAUUCAAAAAAAUCAACAGAUAGCAGUUAGUGGACUACAGCAGCAAGCAAAACGUAUGAAAUUACAGAGUGAUUCCAAAUAUCCACCCUUGCAAUGUGGAACAACUGUAACAAUUCCAGUACCCGAUGUGGACAGGAGCAAAGGUGUUGUUAUGGAAGUGACUUCUGAUAACUUUUACAAAAUAGGAACAAAGAAGGGAGUUAUAUCACAUCUAUACAGUCGAAAUCAAAUUGCACCAUGCAGUACUACUUUUUUGGAAAUCGAAGAAGUGGCAGAUGCAUCAGUAUCUUUACGAGCUGCAAAUUCAUAG